AAUCAUCACGGCCGGCCCUAAAAGUUCUACCACCAGCUAUAACUAUCCCAACUCCGAGCAGGCCUAAAUCUCCUGCCACCACCGGAGGGUUUACAAUAAACCGUUACAAGAACAUGGAGACAGAAGCUUACCGGCCGACAACGCCCGGAAAUAGCCCCGGCGCUGGUCAUAAUGGUCCACCUCGAACUCCUCACUGA